AUGUCAAAAACAAUGCUAUGGAUAGGCUUCAGUCUGGAAGAUAUUGAGCCGAUACCAGCAGUACUAACUGCUUUUACGAUCGCUCUUAUCACACUUGUGAAAAAUGUCAGGGGCUUCUGGAGAGGCGCUGUGGCCAAAUCAAAGACCGGUACAUUUAGUUUUUGGCUUGGCCAGAACCACGUUAUCGGCUUGUCUGGCGAAGCAGCGCGAAAGAUGUAUCUCGAAGACCGACGGCUCCAUCUCAUCAAAGGAAUCACCCUUAUUGGCCACGGGCCAGACUUGAUCAACGGACGCUCAACAGUGAUCCACGACAUUUGGAAGGGUACCGGCCCUAGUGGACGAACAUAUGCGCAACGACGGCUUCUUGAGCUGCAGAGGUCGGACCUGCUUGCCAAGCGGCUGCCUAAAGUUACAAGAGACGCCCGCACAGCAUUUGAGGCUAUGAGGAUGAAUGAAUCCUCCGUCAUCAAUCCAUCAAAGACUUGCUUUCGUAUCGUAAUCACCCAAGGAAGCCGUAUCGUGGCCACUGACGAGAUUGCCGACAACCCUGAACUGCUUCAUUCUCUUUUCUUGUAUACUCAGAUUCUCCAGUUCACCAAUACUUUACAUCUUCUUGCAUUUCCUGGUAUAUCUUAUCUUAGCCCUGGUUACUGGAAACGUCGUUAUGGCCGUCGAGGGCUACAGAAGACUGUGGAAUCUAUCGUAAAUAGACGCAUGGCUAGGGGCGCUGCCGGUGGCGAUGAUACGUUGCAUAUGCUUUUUAUUGCUGGUGCCAACACCGGGGUAGUUUCUGGCUCCAUGUUGAACAUUGUUGCCCACCACCAGGACUGGCAGGGUAAAAUCUACAAUGAGAUCAAGAGCUCGGCAGCCAUUUAUGCGACUGAUAAGACCAGGAAGCUGCCCCUUGUCGAUCAGCUUGAUCAACUUCCGAUUGAAGCCUGGGAAAAAAUGUCUGAAUCGCUUGAACUUUGCUACAAAGAGGCUAUUCGCAUGUGGGUUGCUUUUCCCAUGGGUCGCUUCAACGACACACCCGAUGCUAUUUCCAUUCCUGGAAGCAAUCAAGUCAUUCCCCCGAGUAGCUUCGCCUUCUAUAAUACUAUAGACGCGCAUUACAAUGAGAAGCUAUACCCCAAUGCUAUUAAAUGGGACCCCGAGCGUUGGAGCGAGGGCCGGAUGGAAUCACCUACCCAGGGGGUGAAGGGAUGUUUUGGUACAUAUCAACUAUCACCAAUUUAUUAG